GCUGGCAGAGCAGCAGAGGCAGGUCAGCCAGAGACUGAAGGUCAACACAGCAGCUAUUCAUCCAGGGAUCUGAGACACAAAGAGGCGCACGAUGGUCGCUGAUCAGCGCUUUGUAGUCAGUGCCCGCAUUAUUGGAGCUGUCCACAGGGACUCCCCAAAACUCAAGAUGUUCAUGAUAUCUGUGUUAUGGUCUGAUGAAACUGAAGUGAUCGUCUACAGGUCCUUCCAGAAUUUCAAGAAAUUUCAUAGGCAGCUGAAAAAGAGGUUCCCUCACAUGAACCCUGUUCGGAAGAACGACAGAUUGAUCCCCAAAUUUACAGGGGAGGCCAGAAAGAGCAGCCUCCAGCAGAAAGGAUCCAAGCGUUCUGUCCAACGCAUGAAGUUCCUGGAGAGCUACUGCGACAAACUGUUGAAGUGCGACCAAACUGUGACUCAGAGCUCAGAGGUCACACAGUUCUUCAUGCCCAAAGACCAUGACCUGCAGUCAGACUUCACCAAGAACAGCAUCAUGAUCCUGAUGUCUGAUGAUCUGCCUGAUGGGGGUGGCGUGUCUCGUCAGCAUGCAGGCAGUGUCACCCACCCGUUUGUCAGUCAGACCUACCGCUGCGUGGAUGCUUAUGAGACGAAGGAUGCCAAGAAUCGUCCAUUUAAGGUCGAUGUGGAUGAGAAGCUGGAUGUCCUGAUCAAAGACCCUGCAGGUUGGUGGCUGGUGGAGAACGAGGAAAAGCGUUUGGCUUGGUUUCCUGCUCCCUACCUGGAAUUAUGUGAAGGAGAGGAAGAUGAUGACACUGGAUUCCAGCUAGGAGGUACCCUGUACUGUGCUGUGAGGAGUUACACAACUAAGAAGGAUGACGAAGUGUCUGUGCCCAUUGGCUCUGUGGUUGAGGUGCUGAGGAAGUCUGACAAUGGCUGGUGGCUCAUCAGAUUCAAUGGUAAAGGAGGUUACAUCCCCUCCAUGUACCUGCAACCAUACAACAACCCCCGGGCAGGCGUUUACAGCCUGCAGAGAAAGUUGCAUAGCUCCACUCUGAACCUGGCAACCAGCAGCGAACCUCAGGCUCCUUAUCCACGCAGCAUCAACGAAGAAAACAGCCCGCGACGGGAUUCUGCAGGUCCGUCCAGAGGUGUGCCUGGGCGUCUCCACAAAGCCCGAUCUCUGGAUGUUCUCUCUGAGACCUGGUCACAAACACAGGCAGAGAGGGAGGCCUCAGCGUCAGACAGCCGCACACGCAGCAUGAGCAACACAAGCAACGCAAGCACCUUCUCCAGCCUCUCCUCAAGCGGUGAAUCAUCCUCAAGUUUGAAAGAGGAAGCACAGCCUAAUGUCAGCGGCAGUGGGAGCAGCAGCCCCGAUGUCAGCCUCUCAGACCGCCGCGGCUCCGACACAAGUUCUGAGUCUGUCACAUCCAGGGGCAGUGAGACGGCCUCAGUCGCUCCAAGGGUACCACCUAGACCCAAAACCGAGGAGAUCCUGACCCGCUGCACCACCAUGACCCGCAAGGCAGCCCUGGCCACCAAGGCCCGACUUCAGAUUCAGCCAGAGUCCUCCCACAGCCGCUAGGGAUUCUUAAUCAUACUAUAUAACUUGCAAUAUUUUUGAUUUAGUAUGUAUGUAAAAUAUUUAACUUGUUCAACUCCACAGAUCUUUCCAUUGGGUCUGUCAGUCCAAUGUGUUUUAUGCAGCAUUGUAAAUAUUUCUGUUAUACAAAUGAUUGAAGAGAUAGCAGCUUUAAAAGAUAAAUAAAGUCCACAAGAGGAUGUCAAAAGUUUUUCCAUUUCAUCAAAUGGAGCAUGGCAUCAUCAGGUUUGAAUAUUUCAUUCAGUAAAAGAAUAAUGUAGCUUCAGUGAAGCGUAUGUGACAUUUUCACACAGUAGUACAAAAUGUUUUUUUUUCUAGCUUUUAAGCCACUUAAAGGGAAAUUUAAGUGGAUUGUUGGAGUUGAAGAGGUUAAAUAUUUACACGGAACUGUAUUUUAUGUAAUCCUCUUUCCUCUUUGCCACAGUUUUUAACAAAUAGAAAUCAGUGCAAUGAUUACUGAUGAUAGAUGGAAAAGAUAGAAUAUUAUCACUGAAUUAUUAUGUACCAUUUCUUUGCUAUAUCAGCUCAAUGCUUUACUAUAUUUAACUAGCUCAUGUACUAUAUGUAAAUAGUUUCUCGUAAUGGAAAUGGUACGCCAACAGACUGAAUGUCUGUGAGAAUGCCUUUUGAACAACUACCAGAACAAAGCAUUGAGAUCUGAUAGGGCUGGAUCCGGGUUUUUUCCAACAGGUUUUUUAUUGCCUUGUUUUUCCUUGUUGUUUUGUUUUCUUGUGGUUUUUCUAUGAAUAUGUUAUUCAUGUAUGAAUAAUAAUGUAAUAAGAGUUUGGCUAUAGGUUGAAAAAAAGGUCAAUAAAAUCGAAUUUGCACCAAGGUA